GCAUGUAGUUAUGCGUGUUUGUGCUCGCAUUACAUUGGACAGAGAAGUAGGAGGAUCCUGCAGAGAGCACGCAGGCUGCACGAUCACUCUCCGGGACUGUCCAGCCCUGUAGUACAGUGGAUCGUGAGUACGCGAUGUUCUUGUAAGGUUUUUUAAUGUGGGCUGUUAUUGCGACAUCAGCAGGUUCGUGCAUGACAAGUUGUUGUCGGAAGAGGAGCGGGUCACUGUCGGAUGUGGACUCAGCCGUGCACAAGUGAAACAGUGUUCACCUCCACAUUCACCUGCUUUCGUAACGUGUCGCUGACUAGUCACCGUCGCUUUCGAUAGCGCACAAAGUGGAAGACAUGGAGGCGACCGAAGCCCAGCGGGACGGCGGCGCCACGGAGAGCUGCUUCGACAAGUGCUGCUCGGCGCUGACGCUGGACGACGUGUACGAGAUCGCCAAGCUGAUCGGCGCCGAGGUGGAGAGGCUCAUCGACGGCUACGGGAAAGAGAGCGUCCUGGGGCUGGUGCCGAGGAUCGUGAGGGUGCUGGAGCUGCUGGAGAGCUUCGCGUCGAGGAACCUCGCUCACAAGCUGAAGGAAGAGGAGCUGCUGAAGACCUUCGAGGCCAUUCAGCUCCAGCAGCAGCAGCAGCAGCACAGGAAACGUGGAGGUGGUAAAGACGGCGGCAGCAGCGAGGAGGACAGACAUGAGGCACGGCAGGAGCAGCAGCAGAAGGAGCAGCAGCAGUGGAGCAGGAGGUGUGAGGAGCUGCAGGUCCAGGUGCAGCAGCUCCAGGAGGACAGGGAGGAGCUGCAUAGCAGGCUGAAGGGCAGCCAUGCACAAGAAGACCGUGUGCAGCGGCAGGAGCGAGAGGUGAUGCUGAAGCUGAAGCAGGUGGUGGACAAGCAGAGGGACAAGCUGAGGGCCAAGGGUCAGGAGAUCACCACCAUCUCCAAAGAGGCGGAGGCGCUCCAGGAGCAGCUGGACCGCUUCAUGAAGAUGAACGCAGAGCUGCGACACAAGCAGGACGUGCUGCAGACUCAGCUGAAGAGCACCGUGGAGAGGAAGGCCGACAUGGAGGCCGAUCUGAAAGAGAAGAGCAAAGAGAUAGAAAACCUCCAAGCACAGCUGGACAGAAGCAACAGCAACAGCCCUUCCAGUCCAAGUCAAACAGCUCGUGAGUCAACGGAAAAGACGACCGGGGAUCAGAAAGAUCCCGAUCGGCCGUGCUUCACCAAGAAAGAGGUGCGUGACAUCAUUUGCGAGAGGAACGAGCUCAAAACCAACCUGUUCCUGGUGCAGGAGGAGCUCAACUACUAUCAGAGGGAGAUCCUGAAUGAGGAGAGGUGUCCAGGUUUCCUCUUAGAAGCCGUCCGCUCAACCAUCAAAAAAAGGAGAAAGCUCAUCAAGGCCAAAAUGCUCGGAAUUUCUGCGAACGAGUGCAGCAGCAGUGAUGAGGAGGAGAGGAGAUCUCUCUUCGGAAAGACAGAAGUAGACGGUCCACAAGUGGACACUAACACUGACAAACCAGCUGAGUCACGCAUACGAAAUCUCUUUGGCUUCCUGACGCGGUCGGGCAGCGGCCCUAGCCCCACCCACAUGAGCCACUCCGCCUCUGGCUGGGAGAUCAUCGGAGACUCAGAGGCCGCUGAUGAUGAGACAGCGCAGCGACCGAAGUCCUGAGCCCGGUACUGAACCUGAGAUCCUACAAGUCCCGACAACAUUUUCUCCUUUUGGUCACAACGUCUUCUUCGGGUCUUUGCUCACUAGAGAGGUCAGGAGGUUGUCUGAGUACAAAUGUAUGUAAUACAAAAAGCACUAUGUGAGCAUAAAGACUGAAUGUUUUAAUGAAAGCCUUCAGAUAUAUUUUUAAUAAUUUACCUUUGACCUCUGAUUUUCACAGAGGUCAUAAAUAUGAGUCCCACUGUUUAACUUCAGUAUAAACCGCUCAGUGUACCACAGUAUUAAGGGAAACCUUUUAACUCACCACAGCUUCCUUUUAUAUAAUUAAGUAUUAAUUCAAAUAAUAGUAUUUUUCUUCUUUGUCUUAUUUUUGGAGAUUUUUUAAUGAUCACACAUAAAUAUUCAUUCAGGAUCAACAAAAACCAAAGACACAGAUUAUAAAAGUAUAUAUUGUGAAAUGAAACUAUCCCCAAUAUUUAAUCUGGAAACCUGUAUUUUAAGUUCACCUCUAAUCCACAAGAGGGCAUUGUUUCAUUUGAUAACUAAUUAUAAUAUUUACUCAUGUAUUUCUCAUGAUUUUAAGCACUUUGUAGUUGCAGUACUUGACUACUUUAAGCAGUGGGUGCAUUUUGAAUAAGCCUUAACAUCUUAUAGUAUAUUUUCUUAAUUUUCAGUCAUCAGCUGCUGUUCAGCAUCUGGCUGGUGUGUAUGUGAUGCUGUUGCCAUAAGUGUGCGUGUGUCUACACACACGUGUGUAGGCUGGUGCACCAGCCUCUGUUGACCGGUUACUGUUUAAGGAAGUUGUGCACUUCCGUUGGGAAAUGAGAGGGGACUUGGGAAUUUUCUUUCUCUCUAACAUUAACUGACAAAGUAACAUAAACUAUUUGAACACUCUAAUCUGACACCUGUGAUAAUGUCUGAAUAUAACACCGCUCACAGACCAGUGGUGUUGUGUUUAUACAUAGAUAAUGUAUGACCUGCAAAUCACACCAUGUUUUCAUUCAUUUCUGUUGG